AUGCGGUUCCGAGUCGCCGUCCUGGGCUGCGGCGGCGGCGGCUGUAGGUCCCGGCGGGCUGGCGGGACGCGGGCGGCCGCCCCGGAGCGGGACGCGGGUCCUGCUCCACCACCACCCCCACCUCCUCCCUCCAUCCCCGCCGCGGGCCGGGUUCGGAGAGCGGCCCGGCGCGGCGGGGCGCGGGGCCGGGCCCGGCCCGGCGCUGGGGCGGCGCGGCCGCAGACUCGGCUGGCGGCUCACGGCGGCUCUCCUCCCCUCUCUAGGUCCGUAGCCGGAGGCCGCGGCGGGCGCUGCGGUAGGAGCGGCCGCGGGGCCCCGCGGGGGGACGCGGCCCGGCGCUACAGGUGUGCCAAAAUGUCAGAAAGAUCAGAUAUUCUUCACUUCAAGUUUGACAAUUAUGGGGAUUCAAUGUUACAGAAAAUGAACAAACUGAGGGAAGAAAACAAAUUUUGUGAUGUCGUGGUCCAUAUAGAUGAUGUUGAAGUUCAUGGGCAUAAAAUUGUAUUUGCUGCUGGCUCUCCCUUUUUAAGAGAUCAGUUCUUACUAAAUGACUCCAGAGAUGUAAAAAUCUCUAUACUGCAGAGUUCGGAAGUGGGGAGGCAGCUGCUUCUCUCCUGUUACAGUGGCAUUCUGGAGUUUCCUGAAAUGGAACUGGUAAACUACUUGACUGCCGCAAGCUUUCUGCAGAUGAGCCACAUUGUUGAACGAUGUACACAGGCCCUCUGGAAGUUUAUAAAACCGAAGCAGCCACUGGAGAGCAAGGAGUGUGAACAGCAAAGUGACUCCUCUGAGCUGAAGGAACACCAAGGAGACGAUGACUCUCUGCAGCAAGAUUCACCUUGUAUUCAACCUUCAGAAGACAGUAUGGACAUGGAGGACAGUGAUAUUCAGAUCAUCAAGGUGGAGUCCAUUGGGGAGGUAACAGAAGUUAGGAAUAAGAAGGAUCAGAACCAGUUUAUUUCUUCUGAACAAACUGCACUGCAUUCCUCAGAGCCUCAACACUUUCUUAUCAACUCCACUGUUGAAAACAGAGCAAGUGAAAUAGAGCAAAACCACCUCCACAACUAUGCCCUUUCGUAUGCUGGCAGUGAUAACAUCAUUCUGGCCUCUAAAGAUAUGUUCGGACCUAACAACCGAGGCAUAGACAAAGGCCUCCAGUGGCACCAUCAGUGUCCAAAGUGCACAAGAGUAUUUCGGCAUCUGGAAAACUAUGCUAAUCACUUAAAGAUGCAUAAACUCUUUAUGUGUCUUCUCUGUGGCAAGACAUUCACUCAGAAAGGGAAUCUCCACCGGCACAUGAGAGUGCACGCAGGCAUCAAACCGUUCCAGUGUAAGAUCUGUGGGAAAACAUUCUCUCAGAAAUGUUCCUUGCAGGACCAUCUCAACCUGCACAGUGGGGACAAGCCCCAUAAGUGUAACUACUGUGACAUGGUUUUUGCGCAUAAACCUGUUCUGAGGAAACAUCUUAAACAGCUACACGGUAAAAAUAGCUUUGACAAUGCCAAUGAAAGAAACGUUCAAGACAUAACGGUGGACUUCGAUUCAUUCACAUGUAGUGCUGCUACAGACAGUAAGGUCUGUCAGCAAGCUGAUGCAAGCCAGGUACUGGAUGCAGGGAAGCUGCCUCAGGCUGUGCUCAGUUUAAGAAAUGAUAGUACCUGCGUCAAUUAAGCAAUUAAAACCAGCCCUUUGUAGGGAUUGUGAUUGAGGAGCAAACAGUUGGUUUGGGCUCUUACCUAAACUAGUGGUAUGUCCUGAAAGGCUAUGGAUGGAUGGAUGGAUGGAUGGAUGGCAGGUUGGAUUGCAAAACCUGGCAGGUCUUCAGCCAUCAUUCUUAGUCUUACUUGAUAUUUUCUGUGAAUAGCAAUCUUCCUUCAGGUUUCUGUCUGUGUCUCUACUGUGGAUUAUGGGGUUGUUUCAUUUCUCUCUGAUUAGGAGACUCAAGACUAACACCUUUUGAAAGACUGUUGCUGUGGGCUGCAAGUAAACCAUCUGCUGUACAGUUAAAGGCCUCUCUGUGUCUGGGCAGAUGGAGGAAAGAGCAAAGAGGACAAGUCUGUGAGAUAACCCGAUUUUUUUUUUUUUUUUUUUUUUUUAAGCACUGGAUAACUGAAAGCACUCCAUAUAGUCAAAUUUUAAACUUACCUCUUAAAAUUAUCUUUCUUUGAUCUUACCCCUAGACCCCUACAGUUGAAAUGAAGUAUUUUUGUGUCACUUUUUUGCCCUUCCUGAACUAUUUCAAGAAACUUCUGCUGCCAAUCAAUGCUAUCUUAAAAGCUCUCAGGGUUUUUAACCUCAACAUGCAUUAUGAAAAGAGAAAACCCUAAAUGAUUUGGCAGGGUUAGCUGAUUGUUGCAUAGAACUGUUCAAAAUGAGAAUAAAUUGCAGCUUGGGACUGUGAGAGCCCGGUGCCUGGAGUGCAAGUAUGACCUAUUUCUUAGGCUGUCAUACCUAGGAUUUUUAAAGGGCACUUAUCAGUGUGUGUACUGAGACAAACUAAACACUUGCUAAAAGUUAUCAUCCAUCUUCCAUCAAGUUUGCAUCACAUAAGCCACAACAGUUGUUGGUUUUAGAGCAAAGCUAGAGUGGAGAAAUACUGCUUUUUGACACUGUGAAAAGGAUCUGUUUCAAAAGCUGCAAUUUAUAACAACUCCAUGUUUUUCUUUUUUUGUUUGUUUUUAUUUUUUUUGUUCCCUUUAGUUCUUGUAUAGCUCUCCUGGGUAUCCAAUAAGGGCCAUGUGUCAGUUAACAUGAAAAAAGAAACAAAAAUACGUGCCAUAGGAACAUUAACAACAUAAAAUUUUUUGAUUUCUUGGACGUUCAAACAAUACUUUUUUUUUUUUUUUUUAAGUGACCUGCAUAGUUCAUGACCCUUAGUGUUUUACAGAGCCUAGGAUGAGGUAUAGGUAGCACAAUUUCCAUAGGCUAAUAUAUCAGCUAUUGACUGUACUCAGCAAUACCUCUUGUAUACCGCCUUAAACAUCACAUGUAGCGGGAAUGGCAUGUUAAUUGGGAUUCUGGGAUUAUACCGUAUUGCUUCUCAAAAGUGCCGUGGAAUUAUCCGCAUCCCAAUCAGGCUGAAAGAAACUAAUUUAUCCGAGGAACACCAUUCCCAGUAGAACAGCACUCUUAUUGCAUUGAAGUGUAGCAUAGACUAAUAAUCAAAUGGCUGAUCCUCAGUAGAGAACUGCUGUUUGUGUUUGGAAUAAGUACUUCUUCCAAUGCAGCUCUUUUCCACAAGGUUUGCCAUGAGGCUGAGAUUAUGCUUCCUACCUAGAAGUAGUACUGUUUGUGUGUUUGAAUGAGGGGGUGGGGGUGAAAGGCUGCUAUUGUAUGGUUAAAAAUGCUAAACAGGUAUGACCAAAGGUGUGUUAGAGCAAAAAAUGUUUUGUAUGUAAUUAUCAAAAGUUGGUCUUGAUCUUCAGAUAUGUGUGUGUAGAAACCAGGAUUUCCUUACGCAGGCAUUACACUGAUGGACGAUAAAAAACGUUAAUGUUGCAGAACAUUUUCAUAAGUCCACGUACUUUCAAGUAGAAAAGCAAGGUGAUUCUGUGAAUCAGUUUUUGCAAUUGAGUUCUUAAACUACUGUACUUGACUGUUAUAUGAACUAUUACAUGGACAGCUAUGAAGUAAGCAAUGGAAGUGGAGUCAGGGCAUUACAUCUUUCAAGUUGUAGCAAAUAUAUUUAGGCCUAAAAUCUAACUAUUUGGAACUGUUAAAAAUUAUUGUUCAGGUUCCUGGGGCAGAAGAUAGGUUUGCAUGGGAAGAAAAACUGUUUUCUCUUAAAGUCACCCGCUUUCAGAAUUGUUUUGAACUAAAACUGACCAUGACAGUUGCAUCUGACACUUGCAUUCUGUCUUCAGGCAGAAUCUUCUGUAUUGUUCAAAUGUUUUGAUGAUAUAUUAUUCAUUAUAUGGAAUUAAGUUAUAGUGCCAACGUCAAAAUGAAGAUAGACAUGGUGAAUAAGAGUUUGCAGAGCCAGGUCAACGUGCUGUAAGGGACUAGUGAACAAUUUAACCAGAUAUGAAUAUGGACACGAUAAAGAAAAUGGUCUUCUGCCAGAGAAACGAAUAAAACUGUACAAAUGCUAGAAAAAGUGGCAGCAAGAUGGACAGUACUGAAAGCUUUGUCUAUCUGGGAAGUUUUUUUUUUGUGGAAUUACGAAGCUGUAACGUUACUGUAAGGAGAAUACAGCUUGUUGAAGUAGCUGUGGGUGACCUGAAGCUGAUCCGAAGAGACAAGGGGUUUCUUAAGAAACAAAAAAAUUACUUGGUCAAGAUAUAUAGGUUUUUCCAUCCAUGCUGUGCUGUGGUGAUGUCAACGUCUGAGAAGGCUGAGACGGGUGGCUGUUGAGUUAAAAGGCUGCUUGUGGUCAUGUGGUGAGACCAUGGCAGAAAUAAAUAGGAAAAAGCAGAAAUGCAGAAGACUGCUUCUUCAGUGAAAAUGGACACAUCUGUUGGAUGAAAAAUGACUUCUUGCUAAUGUCUGUGCUUUUGGCCUAGCAAAAGGCUGCAGACCAAAAGAUUUAUGCAGGAGACUCCAUGACUCCAGAAACUCUGGAGAUCUAAGAGGGCAAUACACUGAUGGCACUGUGCAAAGUGUGCUGGUGGUAGAGUUGAUUUAAGACUUGCCCCUAUGUGGAACAGACAAGUGAAGAGCAUAGAAGGGGUAUUAGCAAAGAAAAAUCUGGCAAAUGUUUCUUCUCUGAAUUACAGAUUUAAAUGGUGUGAGAAUUAUUAUAAAUGGAGUAUACAGAGGCAGCUCGAUUAUAGGAUAAGAACCUAAUUGUCCAUGUAUGUAAAAUGUUGUCUUCAUUGCAAUGUUCCAAUUAGUGAAAGACUAGAUCCAUUGGUUGUUGCUACUGAUGCUGCAUAUUCAGAUGAGGACUAUGACAAUUAUCAUAAUCUGUGUGUUAAUGUGUAGAAUACUAUUUGCUGGUAAGUGGAUAGUCUCACAACUUAAUGUGCUGUACAACUUCCUGCAUAUCCUAAAAAUAACUGAAGUCUAUUACAAAAAUAUUUUAAUAA